AUGGCGAGCCCAGGUGCAGCGCGCAGAUUUCAACUUUGCACUAUAGAACCAACCACAGACAUUUCAGGCGAUAAGCUUGGUGUCGAUGGCACACUGGUUCUUUCCCGUUUUGAAGAAAUUUUCCAACUUCAAUGGACACCAUCUGAUGGCACAACAACAGCGCACUUCCUUCUCACACAGUCAGCCAACUCUGCUCCGAAGGAAGAUAAAUGGAUCGAAAAUGCGCAAUUCAGAAUUGAUUGCAGUCAAGUUUCUACACUUCAACUUCAUCAUUCACCUCUUUCACUUUCAAUCUCUCGUAUUGAUCUCCCAGGAGUUCGUACAUUUUCAUUUACAGACACUGAAUUUAUUUCAAUGACAGAAUUAGUUGAACAACUCAUUAUCUAUGGUAUCGCUGUUCCUUCACCAGGCGAACCAUAUUCACUCGAAUUCUACCGCAGAUGCCAUCGUGGCGUUUAUCCAUACACACCUCCACACAUUCAGCUUAACGUUGACGCCACAAUCGAAUUACCAAGAUUCUGGGAUUGCUUGCACAGCUUCUUCCAGACUCUUAUUACACAUCUCGACUCAAGCGAUACACUUCCUAAGGACCCACAGUUCCCUCUUGCAUCUGCAGCCCGAGCUGCUCAUCAUCGUGUCUUAAAACAGAUCGAUGACGAGUCAGCAGCCCGUCCAACAUAUCCAAGAGUUACAGCCGCCGAGUUUGACGACCUCUUUGAUGAGAACGGAAGGCUUAAAGAUGGAGAUUCAUUUUGCAAGAGACUUUUCGAUUCAGGCAUUGAUCCUGAAGUACUUCCACGUGCAUUACCAUUUGUUUUCGGUGUAUUUUCACUCGAUUCUACAAAACAAGAACGCGAAUCCCUUACCGCAGAAUUAAAUGACGAAUUCAAGUCCCUCAUGGAACAAGCAUUAUCCUACAAAGAGCAGCAGAUCGAGAACAACAAGAAACUCAGUGGCGCAUUCAGAGUUAUCAAACACGAUGUCAGUAGAACAGAUCGUCAAUUAGCCGCCUUCAAGAACCAAGAUGCUCCUGGUCUUAAAAUGGUCACCAUGCUGUUAAAGACAUAUUGCAUCUUCAAUCCGCCAAUCGGAUACCUUCAAGGCAUGAAUGAUCUUUUUGUCCCCAUCCUUCUAUCAUUCCUUCCUAACUGGAAUCAGGACGGAUGCCCAGUAGAUAACGAUGGAAACAUUAUUAACCACGAACCGUACCUCCCUCAGAUUUUCUGGUGCUUCGAUGCAAUGCUCAGAAACACCGACCACUUAAAAUUGCUCGCAAACGUGACAGAACAAUGUCAGUUCCAAGCUGACGGCGUUUUCAACAUUUUGAACAAAGUUUCACCGCUUGCAGCAAUAUGGAUGAGAAGAAAUGGCUUGAAUGGCUUGCUUUGGUGCUAUUCAGACUUCGUUCUUCUUUUCAAGAGAUCAUUCCCACAAAUUUGGUCUGUUUGGUUACAACUUAACUGUUCACCUUAUCCGGCCAACUGGUUGACAUAUUUCGUUGCAGCAAUCAUCGUUAGGGGGUUCGACCAACUCGCUGUUUUGCCUGAUGUGUCAAUCACAACAAUGAUGGACGCAUUCCCAAAGAUUCUCCAGUCAAUGAACAUGGAGACACUUGGAAAGACAACGCUUUGGCUUGCAGAGAAGGUCCCGCCAAAAUCAAAGGCUGAAGGAAAGAAAGAACCAGAAAUUCAGAUGAGUAACUUCCACUUCUUUGAAACGAAAUGGACUGGACCUUGCUUGAGCGGUAGGGAUAAUGUAGCUUUAUAA